AUGAACGUUACUCUGAUUCUAGCUUUUUUUGUCUGUCAGUUGGUCGCUAUUGUCUCCAGCAAUUGUGCUGUCAGCAAUGGGGGAUGUAAAAUGCUUUGUAACACCCAACCUUCUGGUUUUACCUGUUCCUGUUUCUCUGGAUAUAUUUUGGCUGAUAAUGGCUUCAACUGUAUCGAUUGUAAAAUACGGGGUAGAUUUAUAAAUAUAUUAAGUUUAAACGUUGUACCGAACUCAAACCAAGCUAGUUGUCAAACCGAAUGCUCCAACACCCUUGGAUGUGCUGUCUCGGCACUGAACCAGUUCGAUUCCUGCGUUUUGCAUUCUUCGCCGAUCAUCUAUGUUGGGUUUGAUAAAACCGAACAAGAAUGCAUUGACGAAUGCAGUCAGAUGGGUAAUUGUUUGACCCUCAACCAUGGUACCAAUGGUGAAUGCCUCCUGUUUGAUGUAACAUAUGGGGCUAUCCCCUCUAUCUCGGGAUGGUCGGUCAGGUCUGACGGCUCUUAUACAAUUAUUGAGAAGGGUACAUGCCCUAGUGUUCUGUAAUAACUGAAAAAUAAAUAAUAAAAUAUGAAAAACU